CCUGUCCCUACAGAUCCUUCCCAGAGAAGAAUGGCCACAGGAAAUGACUCCUCAGUGACCGAGUUUCUCCUUGCAGGUUUAACAGACCAACCAGAGCUCCAGCUCCUUCUCUUUUUCCUGUUUUUAGGGAUCUAUGUGGUCACUGUGGUAGGAAACCUUGGUUUGAUCACUCUGAUUAGACUGAAUUCCCAUCUUCAUACUCCCAUGUAUUAUUUUCUCUUCAACCUAUCCUUCAUAGAUCUCUGUUACUCCUCUGUCAUCACUCCCAAAAUGCUAAUGAACUUUGUGUCAGAGAAAAAUGUCAUCUCCUAUUCAGGGUGCAUGGCUCAGCUGUAUUUCUUUUGUUUCUUUGGAUUUUCUGAAUCCUUGCUUUUGUCAGCCAUGGCCUAUGAUCGUUACAUUGCAAUCUGUAAUCCAUUACUUUAUACUGUCACGAUGUCCUCCCAGGUCUGCUCCCUAUUAGUGUCUGGUGUAUAUGUGUUGGGGUUUGCUGGUGCCAUGGCUCACACUGGAUGCAUGUUGAGACUAUCCUUUUGUGACAACAAUAUCAUCAACCACUACAUGUGUGACAUACUCCCCAUUCUGGAGCUUUCCUGCACCAGCACAUAUAUCAAUGAGUUAGUGGCUUUCAUUGUUGCCAGCGUUGACAUUGGAAUGAUCAGUGCCACCAUUUUCACAUCUUAUGCUUUCAUCUUCUCUACUAUCCUCCGCAUCAACUCCUCUGGUGGCAAGUGUAAAGCCUUUAGCACUUGCACCUCCCAUAUAAUUACUGUUUCUCUUUUCUUUGGUUCAGGAGCUUUCAUGUACCUCAAACCUUCUUCUGUUGGGUCUAUGGACCAGGGGAAAGUGUCCUCUGUGUUCUAUACCAUUGUAGUGCCUAUGCUAAAUCCCCUGAUCUACAGUUUGAGGAAUAAGGAUGUCAAAUUGGCCAUGAGGAAAACCAUGAGACAAAGAAUAAUCUCCUGA